GCCUAUAUAAUAAGGAGCCAAGACACCAUCACUUCAUCAACAAACUCACAAACCAAGCAUUUCUGAGCAACAUACCUCAGAACCAAGAACACCCAACCAUGACCAUGAUCCACCCCAGGAAGCUUGCUCAGUUGAUGAGGAAGUGGCAAAGGGUCAAGAAUCCCUCCACCGAUGACGAAGCAUGCAGCACGACGCCGACGCCGGUUGCAGAUAAAGGCCACUGUGCCAUGUACACGGCCGAUGGGAGGCGGUUCGAGGUCCCAUUGGUGUACCUCAGCACGACAGUCUUCGGCGAGCUGCUAAGGAUGUCUCAAGAGGAGUUUGGGUUCACAUGCGACGGCAGGAUCACGCUGCCCUUCAAUGCAGCAGUGAUGGAGUAUGUCAUGUGCUUGCUUAGAAGAAAUGCUUCAGAGGAAGUAGAGAGGGCAUUCCUGAGCUCUGUAGUGAUGCCUUGCCAAUAUCCAAGCCAUAUUGUGACACAUGUAGCGCUACAGCAGCAGCUUGCAGUUUGUAGCUCCUGAAUAUAGCCAGAGUUUUUCCUUAAUUGUUCCCCAUUUUGCGUCUGAAAAUAGUUCAACACUGGAAAUGGAAAUUAGA